AUAACUUAAGCCGUCAACUUACUUACACUCUUUGGCCCCGACCCACGCGAGACACUCCGUUGUCUGUAACAUUGUAUUGUACGAGAGAAAGAGAUUCUCCAUACCUUCGCGUUCCUCACAACCACAUUGGACCAGACUGGAUAUCAAUGGUUGCUUGAGCCGACCAUAGCACUGGCUGUUAUUGCUACUAUAUUAAGCCACAUUCACUCCCUUGUAAAAAGUCCCAUGGUCAUGGACUCAAGUCAGGCACAACUGCGUCAGCAGAUACAGACACCUGCUUUUACCUUCAACCCCAACAACAAAUUCAGGAGAGACGUGCCGACGGCUCAUCCGCCUCCUUUGAUCACUAUGAACGGGAACGAGACGCCAGGAAAGACGGAGGGCAUGGGUGCGCCGGCAGGGGCAUGGACAACACCGACGUCCCAAGGGAUGCGACCCCGACCAGCGACUAUUCAUGAAUGCUUCUCAUACUGUGUCGGCGAGGAAAUGGGAGGUUUGCCGUCGUGGGAUUCCGCCGCCAUGAUGCAAAACACGCCCAGCGACACCAUGUCCAGGCCAGUCUCGAUGAACCAUGACUUCUACCCGGUCACCACCAUGGAAAGCCGUGAAGCGCACUGGAGCUUGUCCGGGUCGGCGCUGACGGGCGAGACACACCAUCAUCCCUGGGGCAUGAAGCCUUGCGAAGACAACAUGGAUGUGAGUGGGCUCGACGGUGAGAUACAAAUUGGCCAGGCUUACACGACGGACGAGGCCAUCCCGAUUCUGGACUUGCGAUACGCCCAUGGCCCCAUGGAGAACGAGACAUUGAACUUUGAGCCAGGUCUGAACCCUCGCCGCAUGUCUGGCUCAUCAUUCACCAUGUCGACCUCGGGCGGCCUUUCUGACAUGCCUUCUUACGAAGACUUCUCAGCAGCUCUCUCUGAAGCGCCAUCCUUCUCCUCCGAUUACCCGCCGCCGUCCAACCGCAACUCUCUCAUGUCGUCAACCCAGCUGUCUCCGGUAGCCUCGCCACGAAUGACACCCCAGAGCCGUUCCGAACUCGUCCGAACGCAAAGCCGUGGUCGUGGCGCGUCUCCUUCUCCUCGCCCAGGCAUGCGGUCUGCUCCCUACAGCGUCGACAGCAGUGCGAGGAACAAGAGAUGGUCUACGGGUUCAUACGGUACAACGCCAAACCGGCGGCCCUCGCCUUUCGUAUACCACCAUUCUCAUGAAGGUUUUGCCCCGCGCAUGUCAUCGAGACACUCUUCGCCUACCAUGCCCAACAACCCUUUGCCUUUGAACUUCGGUAACCUCCAAGCCGCCCAACAACACCCGUUCUUGGUAUCGCACCCUCCUGCAUUCCGCAACAGCAUGCUUUUGCCCUCCCAAUUGCCAUCACAGGGCUUUCACCCGGAAAUGCACCAUCACUUCGAGAACCCGCCGCCGUUGAUGUCUCAUGGACUAUUCCGAAUGCUACAAAGCAACGCCGAUCCCCACUCGCUACACGGUCACUACACCGACCUGUCGGAUCCUCCGGACUUGUAUGCUUCUCUGCACGAAGAGCAGAUUCCGCCACCUCCCGAGGAUAUGAACCCGUCGGAUCCUGAUCUGGUACCCCAUGAGCAGGAACUGCGUUUCGAAGGCGAUCUGUACACCCCGAGAUGGGUUCGUGGUCAUGGUAACAAGCGGGAAGGCUGGUGUGGCAUCUGUAAGCCCGGUCGGUGGCUUGUCCUCAAAAACUCGGCUUUCUGGUACGACAAGAGUUUCACCCACGGUAUCAGCGCUGCAACGGGUCAGCCCUUCCAGGAGCCCGGAGAAACACGACGCAUGGAUGGAAACCCAGAUGUUUGGGAAGGCCUCUGUGGCAGUUGCAAUGAUUGGAUCGCACUUGUGAGCAGCAAGAAGAAAGGAACGACGUGGUUCAGACACGCCUACAAGUGUCACACACAUCCCAAAAUCAAGGAUGCGCCCAAAAGACGCCGCGAAAGCAGCCACUCCCGGGCACUUGCGGCAUCGCAAAUGGCUAAGCCUAAAGUUGAAUCCCAACAGCCGGUGACACCGCAAAUGACUCCGUCGUCCAUGGUGAACACUCCUACUCCAGGGUCAGCCAUGCAACAACAGCAGCAAAAUUAUCUCCAGCGUCAACACCAGCAGCAGCCUUUGCAAACGCAGCAGCCUACACCCAGGAAAGCACUGUCUCCCCUCGAUGGUCUCACCAACAUGAUCUGAGCACCAUGGCAAACAUGAACUUUUGCAAAAACAAAAUUUUCUAUUUCCUAUGUCAUGAUGAACAAUAGCAAAAUUGGAUGUG